AUCCAGUGGAGUUCAUGAGAUCGGUGAGAGCGCUCGACGCAAUGAGGCGGAGAGACACGACAGCCGUCGAACCUUCAUCUCCCAACUGAAUACACACAUUCACCAAUUCUCAAGCUAACAAUCACACCAGAAACAUGUGGUUUCGCCACUUCUCACUCCUCCCGAGAGGUCUGUGAGCUCCUGCAGUCCAUUAAGCCCUUGAAUCCGGAGGAUUUUUCCCCCGUCGGCCGAUUCGCACCGAGCAGGCAAUGACAACGGCCUCCGCAACCCCGCAGCAGAUGAGAGACCGGCUGCUGCAGGCCAUCGAUAGCCACAGCAAUAUCUGUAACAUGGUUGCAGUUCUUGAUGUUAUCACCAAUUUGGAGAAGUACCCUAUCACCAAAGAAGCACUUGAGGAAACCCGCUUGGGAAAGCUAAUCAAUGAUGUGAGAAAGAAAACAAAGGAUGAGGACCUUGCCAAACGUGCCAAGAAACUCCUUCGGAACUGGCAGAAGUUGAUCGAGCCUGGCCAAGGUGACACUCCGGUGAGAGGACCACCAAAUGUCCCGGGAUCUGCCAAUGGUGGUGCUCACCCCUGUCGGACAGACACUCCUCCGGCAGUCCCCCCUCCAAGCAAGGUUGCUCCCGAGCUUAAAACCAGGAAUGACAUCCACAACACAUACUCUCCGAAGGCGGAGAAAUCCAGCAGCCGAAAGCGGCGGGCGGAGCAAAGGGAUAGUCCGCAUCUGCCGGCUAAAAUGACAAAAACUUCCCUUUACGAGCCGGUGUAUUCUUCUUCUCCGCCAUCAAAUGGAAUUAGGGGGACCCCCGAGCCGCUCCUAGAGAAAGAUGAUGAGGUACCGUCUGACAGAAUUCGCCUGGAGCAUCUUGAUAAUGACAGGCACAACAAAAUCCCCGUCAACGCUGUCAAGCCUCAUCCAAGCUCUCCAGGACUUACCAAACUACCUAGCACUUCCUCCUUACUCAAAGCGUCAGUGUUACAGCAGGCGAGAGUGGACAGUGGUGGGCAGCAUCAACCCAAAAGCCCUCGGUACUCCUCAAGUCCGCGCAGCGCAACACAUGAGACGAUGGCCAAGAGGUCUACGACAUAUGCACCAAAAGGGACUCUCUCGAGCCCAUCUUUGAAUUCUGCCCAAGUGCCCUCUCCUUUGCCCACACUGCAGCCUUUAACGUCGCCGGCACAAGUGUGCAUCAAUGACGGACCAUCAUCUGUGGGGCUGGAAGACUCGAUGCACUUGCACAGAUCAUCAGAUAGAGUCUCUCAGCCCCCACACAGCACUGCAGCACUGGAGCCGCUCUCUAGUGCCCUGCUCGCCACACACGGCCUGGAGGGUCUGGAGACCAAGGUUGAGCGGGAGGGAGCGUCCUCCAACUCGGAGGGCAAAAAGAGGAAGAAAUACAGACCCAGAGACUAUACUGUAAAUCUUCAAGGGCAGUCCUCCGAGGACAGGACCAAACCACGGUUAAAAGAGCGUAGGUUAACAUUCGACCCGGUGACCGGACAGAUUAAGCCCCUCACUCCGAAAGAAUCCCACCAAGAGGAAGAGUGCCAAGGACAGCCAAUCCCAGAGCCAUCAGUGAGGACUGAGAUACCGCAGCAAAAGCCACCUACGUCGGUCCCCAACCCCUUUCAACAGACGAACUGGAAAGAGUUGUCCAGAAAUGAAAUCAUUCAAUCGUACCUUAACCUUCAGAGCAAUGUUCUUACGUCCUCUGGAGCACAGACCCACGGGGCACACUUUUUCAUGACUGAAUAUUUGAAACGAGAGGAACACGAUGUCAAAGAGCCCCGGAAAAUGCACGUUUUGGCCCCGGGCAGCUCCACAACAGAAUUGCCCGGGGUGUCUCGGGACGUAACGAAUGAGGACCUUCUCAGAAUACACAAUGAACACUGGCCGGGUGUGAACGGCUGUUAUGACACCAAGGGAGCCUGGUUUGAUUGGACAGAGUGCAUAUCGUUGGAUCCUCACGGUGAUGAGAGCAAGUUGAACAUCCUGCCAUAUGUUUGCCUAGACUGAGAAAACAGGGUUUGGAAAAGUUUUCAUUGUUCCCACUGUGAGUCCGAGGAGGUGCAACCCACUCUCCUUGUCGCUCUGUACUAGGUUCAUCGUACAGGUGUAACAAACGAACCAACAGCGGCUGUUCUGAGUACGGUUUUCCAUUAGAAGGAGCUGAAAAGAUGUCCUGUUUGUAAUGUGCUGCUACCAACAAGAAUUUGCAAACAAGGGUUGUAUAUAAUGGCUCGCAGGGAUUUAACUGGGCCAGUUCUUGCACAGUGUGUUAAUAGGAGGGUCCGAGCAAGCAUUGAGCAGUGCAGAAAUGUUUGAAAGCAAGUCGAGAACAUUUUUUGGCAGUUACGAAGAGCUUUAUGUGACAAAGAAUAAAUUAUAAAAAGUUUCUUAUCAUGUAUGCAUCUAUUUAUUUGAACUUUUUUUUUUUUUCGUUUUUUUUUUCUCCUAGCAGAAGGUUAUCCACUAAGAUGUGCAGAGAUGUUUGAGGCUUUUCUGUUGGCAUCACACUUCUGUCCCCUUAUUUGUGAUGUACAUGAGGCAUAUAUAAAUGCAUUUUUCUCACGGCAGUUCUCACCUUCGUGUGCUAAUUGCAGUAGAUACCAACAUUCCAUUCCGAACUCAACGUCAUUUCUCGCUUAACAUUUCGUUUCUCAGUUUAUCUAAUAUACGUGAUUUUCAUAUGAGAGAGAAGCAAUCUAUUUUUAGAUGUGUUAAAACAAUAUUUUAAAUAAAUCUGUUUGCCAGAUAAUUGUAAAAAAUAAAAAAUAUGGGUCUGUCAAAAAAGAAAGUAUUCAUGUGCUCGAAGGAAAUGCAGUGAACGGCCACAGAGGGUGCUACUUUACAUCUUCAUACUGUGAGGACAGGAAGGCAGGAAAAUGUUAAUAUGCUGGAAAUAUACUUGCUACCAUUCCUUUAGAUAUUGUUUGCCUUACUAAAAAACAUUCAACAAUGACUUUAUUUGAAGAGCCUUAGCGAAUGUACGGCAUUUAGAUCUUUUGUUUAGGCGGUAAAGAAGGAAACACCUCUUGGCAUCUGCCAUAUGGUCUUUUUUUCUCUCAGAUGGGCGCAUUGUGCUAUAAAUGUGUCAAUAAAGAUGCGCGUUAUCCUGCUUGUCUGUACAUACUUCUUGCAAUUCAUGUAAAACCUUUUUAAGUCUUCAUUUUUUUUUUUUUUAGUGUGAAUGUAAUCAAUUUGGGAAGAAAAUAAGCAUUUAUAAAAGGCCCAAUCGUUUGUUUUGCUCUUCACAGGCAUCUUUAGACUUCGGUUUAUAGACUGUGGUCCUAUUCAUUCAGUUUGACAUCUUAUUUUUCUCAUUCAAAAUUUUUUUAAUGCCUUGCCAUUGUUUUGAAAAAAAAAUGUCUUGUGAAGGGGAUGAAACCAAUUUGCUGCCGACUUGCAAACACUGUGUGCUCUGCUACCUUCGUCCUACCAAUGUGCCUUUGAUGUAAAAAGUUUGGAAAGGCUUCCGCUAGCUUCUUUUGGUUUCUAAAGUAUGGCAUAUGUUUUCCUAAAACCAUGUCUGAUAUUCCAGGGAUAUGCAUUGUUUCUGAAGCAAAGGCCAUCUAAGAGCUCAACACUUGGUUAGGGUAUUGCAAAUAUAAUUUGCGAUUUAAAUCUAGAGGAGAGACUUCUUUGAUCAUUUUUGAUCAGUAUAUUUGUUCAGUGUUUAACAUCACUCAUUUGUUCGAAAAAAUAAAAAUGAUCAAAAAUCUA